AUGCCACAGGGGCCGAGCGGACACAGGCAGGGCCGGGGGUCACAGGGGCCGAGCGGACACAGGCAGGGCCGGGGGUCACAGGGGUCGGGGGUCACAGGGGCCGGGGGUCACAGGGGCCGAGCGGACACAGGCAGGGCCGGGGGUCACAGGGGCCGAGCGGACACAGGCAGGGCCGGGGGUCACAGGGGUCGGGGGUCACAGGGGCCGGGGGUCACAGGGGCCGAGCGGACACAGGCAGGGCCGGGGGUCACAGGGGCCGAGCGGACACAGGCAGGGCCGGGGGUCACAGGGGUCGGGGGUCACAGGGGCCGGGGGUCACAGGGGCCGAGCGGACACAGGCAGGGCCGAGGGUCACAGGGGCCGAGCGGACACAGGCAGGGCCGGGGGUCACAGGGGCCGAGCGGACACAGGCAGGGCCGAGGGUCACAGGGGCCGAGCGGACACAGGCAGGGCCGGGGGUCACAGGGGCCGAGCGGACACAGGCAGGGCCGGGGGUCACAGGGGCCGAGCGGACACAGGCAGGGCCGGGGGUCACAGGGGCCUAGCGGAUACAGGCAGGGCCGGGGGUCACAGGGGCCGAGCGGACACAGGCAGGGCCGGGGGUCAAAGGAGCCGAGCGGACACAGGCAGGGCCGGGGGUCACAGGGGCCGAGCGGACACAGGCAGGGCCGGGGGUCACAGGAGCCGAGCGGACAUAGGCAGGGCCGGGGGUCACAGGGGCCGAGCGGACACAGGCAGGGCCGGGGGUCAAAGGAGCCGAGCGGACACAGGCAGGGCCGGGGGUCACAGGGGCCGAGCGGACACAGGCAGGGCCGGGGGUCACAGGGGCCGAGCGGACACAGGCAGGGCCGGGGGUCACAGGGGCCGAGCGGACACAGGCAGGGCCGGGGGUCACAGGGGCCGAGCGGACACAGGCAGGGCCGGGAGUCACAGGGGCCGAGCGGACACAGGCAGGGCCGGGGGUCACAGGAGCCGAGCGGACACAGGCAGGGCCGGGGGUCACAGGGGCCGAGCGGACACAGGCAGGGCCGGGGGUCACAGGGGUUGGGGGUCACAGGGGCCGGGGGUCACAGGCAGGGCCGGACGUCACAGGGGCCGAGGGUCACAGCAGCCGAGCGGACACAGGCAGGUCCCGGGGUCACAGGGGCCGAGCGGACACAGGCAGGGCCGGGGGUCACAGGGGCCGAGCGGACACAGGCAGGGCCGGGGGUCACAGGGGUCGGGGGUUACAGGGGCUGGGGGUCACAGGCAGGGCCGGAGGUCACAGGGGCCGGGGGUCACAGCAGCCGAGCGGACACAGGCAGGGCCGGGGCAAAAGCACCAGGAAAACACUCACACUGCACCAGCGACAGUCUGCGGAUCACCUUCAUGCGGCGGCAGGUGAUGGAGGAGGAAGAAGGAGCACAGGAACUCAUGCAGGCGCAAUCAGGCCUCAUUUACAUGCUGGAGCGGAGCGCGUCCUCUGCAGAUAUGUCAGGGUUUGGCUGUGUUUUGUUUGAGAAGCGUCUCCUCAGCUGA